CAUACUGAGCAUACUUGAAGAGCAGAACCGACACGCAGAGUUCAGGAGUGUGGCAAACUACGCUAGAGGGUUUUCCUAAACAUCGCGCACAGUAGGUGCCAAAAUGUCAAGCAGCAUUCUUCACAAGCAUUCGCGUUGCCAAGCGUCAGUUUCGCGACAGCGAGGGCGUCUUUACGGUCUCGGUCCGAGAAGUCGCCGAACGAGCGUUGCUGUGCAAGCGAGUGGUCUUUUUCCUGUGUCACUGUUCCCCAGCACCAAGAUACUCAUGCCGACUGGGACUGGUGCUUUACAUGUCUACGAGCCUCGCUACCUGCAGAUGUUUGACGAGCUAGCAGCCAAGCAGCAGCAACAAGGCAACAGCGGUGGACCCAGCAGCUCUGCAUCCGGCAGUGGAACCAGCAUUGGCGGCGCAUUCAGUGGCAGCGGUGGCGUCAACGUGGCCGCACUGGCGGGCGUUCGCUUCGGCCACGUGCACGCAGGGGCCGUGCCACGCGGGGAGGGCCUGGUGCCGGCCGAUGACCCCGUGCCGUACGUGGGAGUCCUGGCCACGGUCAAGUCUGCCGCCCGCCGGCCCGACGGCACGCUGCUGCUGGAGUACGAGGGCGGCCGCCGCAUCCGGCUGCUCAGCGUGUGGCAGUCCGAGCCGUACAUGGUUGCUGCCGCUUGCCACCUGACCGACGCCUCCGAGGGCAGUGACGAGGACGUGGUGGACAUGCUGGAGUGGGAGCUGUACAGCCAGCUGCAGGAGGUGGGCCGGCUCAGUCGGCAGUUGACCACAGACGACAGCGCACCGCUGAAGCUGCCGGACAGCGUACCCAGGUACGCGCCGCCCUCGCGGCCUGCCCGCCGCGGCCCGCGCACGCUGGCGGAGCACCUGACGGCCGUCGGCCACCCCGCCGGCGCCUCCAUCUCCAUGUGGCAGCGCUUCGGCAGUGUGUACGGCGGAGGGAGGGCGGCGCGCGAGCCCGUAGACGACCCCUACUCGGUGCUGAGCGAGCGGCUAGGCAAGGACACUCGCCAGGAGCUCUUUUCCUUCGCCGCCGCCUGUAUGCUGGAGCUGGGGCCGGCGGAGCGACUGGCGCUUCUCACAUCCACGGACCGCGCCGCGCGGCUGCAGUGGGUGGCGGCGGCGGUGGCGCCGUUCCUCGAAGAGCAGCGCGCGCGGGCGUCAGUGGCGCGGGCACUCAAGGGCGCGCGCGCCUCCUCCGCGAGGGGCGAGGGGCCGGCGGUUGCUUAGACGUAGUCGAUGUUAGCGCGGUGGGGCGGGGCUGCGUAUGUAAAGGCUUACAUGCGGGUGGUGGCGGCAGAGGUCGGCCGCGGCGCGUGGCGCCGUGCCUCGGCGGUGCGGCGCGUUCCUUUGCGUGUGCGCAUGUGCGUGUGGGCUCCGUGCGCAUGCCACGCCGUUUGCGCGUGCGACCCAUCGGCUUGUUGCUAUGCACUGGCGGACCUGCGCAAUAGCAAGAAAGGACGACUCUUAGGAUUCUGUGCGCGUUGCCUCGCCAUCGCGGGCUCUGCCACGCCGUUGGAGAUCGACGUUCGGGUGCUGCGCUACCUGGCCAAUAGGCUGAGGGGAGUCCUGCGGGAUUCGCCUCGCGGUCGGUAGGGGAACGCUGGAAGGCGAAGAACCUCAAUCGUGUGGCAGAGCAGGGUGUCGAAACAUAUUUGAUGCAGACGUGUUGAGAUCGGUGGCGCUGAUGGGCGCAACAUUGCGCCAGGCGUGCACGUGGACGUGUCGGGACGAAGUGGGUGCAGCUGGGACGCGGCCCGAGCGGCACCAGUGGUGCUGGUGGCGGCGAUGGCCACUAGAGGGCGCACCUGCUGCUGCUGUCGCAGGUGGGCGGCGCGAGGGCACGAGAUUAAAUAAACUUCUUGUUGAGAUUGGGGGUUUUUGCAAUGUGAGGCGCCAUGCGUGGCGUCGUACGGUAUCAUGUGCCCCCGGUUGCAGUUUCCCCGGGUGCCCCCGGUGUCGGCGAGACGCGGUUGCGGCGGCUGGUGGGAUGGAUGGAUGGAUGGGUGGCGUGUAUGGAAGAACAUGGGCCCGCAAGUCCAAGUGGGGAGUGAGGCCCUUGUGGCAGUUUUGUUGAGGGUGCCCGCGGACGCGCAGUGGAUGUAGGGGUUACGCAUGGACGUGUACGGCCCACAUGGCAUGGUAGCGCUGGGAGUUUGGUGCGUGUUGGCGGUUGCCGGAUUUUUUUGUCAGUAAUUGGGCCGUAACGCGCCGCUUCAUUGUCUUUAGAGGUCAAAGAAGGUUUGGGCAGGACCGGCAGGCACUCCAGACGCGGUUGUUUGUGGGAUUCGUUUGGGUGUGAGGGACCUGCUGUCGCCUAUGGGGGCUGGGCCGGGCGGGCUGCUCGGCGUCAUCAAGGCAGAGCUGAGUGCUGUAACGUGUCAGGACGCGA